AUUAGUUUAGCGACAGCGAAGAUUACGUGGUCGAUUUCCGUGACUCUUAACAACCUUCUCGUCGAAUAUUAAACCCCAUGCAUCCAUGAUCAUGCUGUGUUACUUUUGAGCAAAGCUUUCCAAGAUAUCAUAUUUAGAAACAAGGAUCACUAGAUCAUUUAAACUCCAAAACGGGUUCCAGGCCUGCAUCGGAAAGCGUGAUGAUCUCGGAAAAGACUGGAAAUCUAUCUAUUCUUAUUUGUCUGCUGACUGUUGUAAUUAUCGUGUUUGGCACUCCUCUAAAUCAAGGUCUGCUGGAGUACGCUAUGAUGAGAACCAUUUCGAAUACCACCGGUUCACUUAAGUCCCUGGCGGAGAGAAGCAUUACGAAUACCACAGGAAACGAGAAGCGAGUGAGGGGAUUAUCCAUGCUGGAUUUCGUUGGUAUUGCCAUCACAGGAGUCUUCCGUUCCACCAUAAUCGCACUUUUUUGUUGUACUACAAAUCAAAUAAUUCUGGUUGAGAAGAUGUAA